AUGGAGCAGCCAAUCGGACCGCAAGCGCGGCCCAAAUCCAGACCCAAGGCUAACGACAGUAGCCGUCCAGGAGCAUACGCCUGCGAGGCAUGUCGUGCGGCAAAGUCCACCGCCUACCUCGUCAGGGUAUAUAAGCUGAACAGGCCACACGCAGGUGUUCGGGGCACAAGAGGGAGUGCGUCUUCCGAACCGGUCCGCGAACCAGGCGCCCCAAGAACUCAUCUCGGCCGUGAGUACAUCUUCUCUCGAGUCUUCCCCGUGAUCUUCCACCUCGGAUCUAGGUUACCGAGAACCAGCGAAGCGGAGCUACCGCCACCACCCCCGGGCCCCGGCAAGACCUUCAGCAUCGACUUCAACAUGGCGGCAGCCGAGGAGCCCAACGCCGAUUUUGAUAAUCUGCGGCAGAGGCACGAGAGCUUUAUUGCCGACCUCGUAUCUGGCUCCGACCCCGGCUCUGACAACUGUGCCAUGCUAUCGUCUGACCCAGAUCCGGGGAAGGCCUUCAGCUUCAACGACCUCUCGUCCGGCGCCACUCCCUCAUCGUCAUCGACAACCACGGCUUCUGGGAGUACGAAUGCGAACGCGGCGAAUACGGACUCCUCGCACCGGCGGCGGCCCAUAGCCGAGCUGGGCAUCAAGCCGCAGUUCAACCUCGACUCGGCGGCCAAGCUGCUCGCCUCGUUCCGCGCCAUGCUGCCGCACUUCCCGUGCGUCGUGCUGCCCGACGACGCCGACGUGCGGUCCUUGGCGCGGGACUCGCCUUUCGUCCUGCUGGCUAUCCUGGCUGUGACGAGCUGCUCGACCAGCCUGCAGGGUCACAGCCUCUACGACGAGGAGUUCCGUAAGGUGUUGGGACUCAAGUUCGUUGCGGGCGGGGAUAGGUCGCUUGAGCUGCUGCAGGGCUUGUUGGUGUAUUGUUCCUGGUACCCCUUUCAUCUGCGACCAAAGAACAGACAGCUAUUCCAGUACCUGCGCAUGGCCGUCGACAUGGUGCACGAUCUGGAGCUAGACCAGGAAUCCGAUCUGAACCUCUCGUGGCAGCGUCCCGUGGAGCGCGACAGCAAGAUCCAGAACAUCCGGGCAUUCCUGGCCUGCUUCUACGCGAGCUCAACCUACAGCUGGGCCUGGUCCAAGCCGACGACCCUGCGGUACUCAUCCUGGAUCACCCGGUGCAGCGACGCCCUGGAACAGGCCAGCGCCCUCGAGCAGGACCACGUAUUGGUUUGGCUCGUGCGGCUGCAGUACAUCCUGGCCGAGCUGCACGAGGUGCAGAUCAACGCCCGGGCGUUUCGCGAUCCCCAGAGCGAACACUACCGCGGCCUCAUCCGCAUGGGUCUCGAGCCGCAGCUGCGGGACUUCCAGAGUCGGAUGCCGGACGGGAUAUCCACUGCGCCAAGCAUCGUCAUGACCUCCCUGAGCGCAGACAUGUACCUCCUAGCCGCGCCCCUACUUUCAACGCGCGCCGCGCAGGUCCAACGCACCGAGGAGGAACCCCUCGACCCCGAAAUCUUCCUCGCCGCGGCGCACACCGCCCGUGCCUUCCUCGAUUACGUUGCAGCGCUCCCGCCGGAGCAGAUGGCCUGGUUUUCUGGGGCUGACUACACGCACUUCGUCGUGGCCGUCAUCCUGGCCUACCGGCUCUCGUUCCCGGUUGCGUCGUGUCCGGGCUACGACUUUGUUGGUGGGAGGCGCGUGCUGGAUUUUGGUGGCGUUUUGCGGACGAUGGCUGCUGGAUCUGGAUCGGGAAAUGGGGAUGGGGAUGAAGAUGGAGACGGUGGAAGUGGGAAAGGAGGUAGAGGAAAAGGGGCAGGGGAGAGAGAGGGGGGUUGGGGGGAAGGGCGCAGCAAGAAGAAAACGGAUCAUGUCGCGGCCUUGCGCGUCGUGCUUGCGGCCGUGAGGGAGAGCUUUGAGAAGAAAAGCGCCGCGCUCGACUCGGCUACUGCCGCUGCUACUACAGCUACGGAAAUGGGCAGCAGUAGUAACAGUAACAGCAGCAGUGGCGGUAGUAGCAGUAGUAGUAGUAGCAGACGGGAUCCCUCCGCCUGUCCCAUGCUCAACGGCAGUCUGGAGGAGCACCUGCCGCUGUGGGCAGGGCAGCAGGGGGCUGCUCUGCCCGGGUUUUCCGGCUUCUACACGCCGCAGAGCGGGAGCAGGAGCGGGAGCACGGGGGUGCUGACAGAUCCGUUCUCGUUCUCAUCGGUGGAUAAUCUGGAUCUGGAUCUGGUUGCAAUGGGCCAGCUGGGAGACCACCAGGGAGGAGGAGGAGGAGGAGGAGGCAAGCCGCCGGUGGUUUUUCGUGACCUGUGGGAUACUAUGACGACGGGCUGGCCUGCUGCGGGCAUGGACAUGGGGGACGUCGACUGGACGGCUGAAAGGGACGACGUGGAGUAUCCUGACUUUGGGGGUCUGUGA